UCUCUCCCACUCGCUGUUUCACACACUCACACAAGCUUGCUCUCUUUCACACUGCUCUGCAACGCUCUCUCUCUCUCUCUCUCUCUCGCUCUCUCUCUCUCUCUCUCUCUCUCUCUCUCUCUCUCUCUCUCUCUCUCUCGCUCUCUCACUCGUCAUUUUAAAACCACAGGGAGACUCCUACAUUCUCUCUCUCUCCCUGUUUUGUACCUCUAGUGGCACACGCUCUGGCAUCAACUCUGGUGUGGGCAAUAGGCUUUGCACAGAAAAGGAUAAUGAAAGAAAGACACCAAAGAGAGAGGUAGACAUAAAUGAGAAAAGAGGGAAUUAAAGAGAGGAGGCAAAAAGGAGAAGAGAGAAGAAGCUUGUCUUGUAUUCUACACAGGGAAAAUAAGCUUGGAGGAUAGUUUGACUGCUUGGAUUAAGCUUGCAAAUCAAGGUGAUGAGCUCCAUUAAUCGUUGAGUGUGACAGGCAAACUAACCAGGCCAGAGGCUCCUCAUCUUGGCUACAUCCAGUCCACUCUCCCCUACACGGAUUCAUCUCUCUGGUUCUUACAGUUGUUGAUCUGGCUUUCCUUCUGUGGGACUUUACCUUGGAGACCUCAACCUCACAGACCGCCAAUGCUUACAAGGAACUGCCUGCUGCUGUUCCUUUGGUUUGUCUUCGACAAAGGUUCCCUGUCUUUAGUACGCCCGCCAGGCCCACCACUGAGCAGGAGCAGACUGGGAAAGGAGAAUCCAAGGAGCCUGGCGGGCUCGAUGAGGAAUGGGGCAUCUGGGUUUCAGAGAGUCAAGAGGGGCUGGGUGUGGAACCAGUUCUUUGUGCUGGAGGAGUACAUGGGGUCAGACCCACAGUAUGUUGGCAAGCUGCACACUGAUCUGGAUAAGGGUGAGAGCGAGGUGAAGUACACUCUCAUGGGAGAAGGGGCCGGCUCCAUUUUCACCAUCGACGCAACUACCGGGGACAUCCAUGCCUUAAGAAGCCUUGACAGGGAGGUGAAGCCUUACUACACCCUCCGUGCUCAGGCUGUCGAUAUCGACACCAACAGGCCCCUGGAGCCCGAAUCAGAGUUUGUAAUCAAGGUCCAGGACAUCAACGACAAUGAGCCAAAGUUUCUAGAAGGGCCAUACACAGCCAGUGUCCCUGAGAUGUCACCUGUAGGGACUUAUGUGAUGCAGGUGACAGCCACAGAUGCAGAUGACCCUACCUAUGGUAACAGUGCCAGAGUCGUCUACAGCAUCCUCCAUGGCCAGCCAUACUUCUCUGUGGAUCCCAAGACAGGUAUAAUAAGGACGGCCUUGCCGAACAUGGACCGCGAGGUGAAGGAGCAGUACCAGGUGCUUAUACAGGCCAAGGAUAUGGGAGGUCAGCUGGGAGGUCUGGCCGGGACCACCACCAUCAACAUCACCCUCAGCGACGUCAACGACAACCCACCAAGGUUCUCCAAAAGUUUCUUUCACCUGAGAGUCCCUGAGUCCUCUGCAGUGGGUUCUGCUGUGGGAAGGAUCAAAGCUCAUGACUUGGACAUCGGGAAGAACGCAGAAGUAGAGUACAAAAUCGUACCGGGGGACGGUGGCAACAUGUUUGACAUCAUCACCAAUGAAUACAAUCAGGAAGGAAUCAUCAUUCUCAAAAGGCCACUGGACUACGAAACAAAGAAGGCCUACACCUUCAAGGUAGAUGCAUCCAACGCCCACCUGGACCCACGGUUCCACAGCUUAGGGGCCUUUAAAGACACGGCCACAGUGAAGAUUAACAUCCUGGAUGUAGAUGAGCCUCCAGUGUUCACUAAGCCCUCCUAUGAGAUGGAUGUAUACGAGGACUCACCUGUAGGCGACAUCAUCGGAGCAGUCACCGCCCAGGAUCUGGAUGCUAGCAACAGCCCUGUCAGGUAUUCCAUCGACUGGAAGAGUGACCUGGACAGCUACUUUGAUAUUGAUCCAGUGGAGGGAACGAUUUCCACAAAUGAACUCCUGGACAGAGAGAGUAUCGCCCAGCACAAUAUCACCAUUGUGGCCACCAAACUUAAUAGCCCAGUGCUGACCAGUAGAGUGGCUGUCACCAUUCAUGUACUGGAUGUCAAUGAAUUUCCCCCUGAACUAGCCAUCCCUUACGAGAGCUUUGUGUGUGAAAAUGCCAAAGCAGGCCAGGUAAUUCAAACCUUCAGUGCAAAGGACCAGGAUCUGCCACAAAAUGGUCAUAAGUUUUCCUUCAAACCGUCAGAGAGGGACGUCAACAACAAGAACUUCACUAUCCGCGACUUUGGAAAUAACACAGCGGGGAUAAUGACUCUGCAGAGCGGUUUUCGACGGCGUUCCCAGAAGAUCUACUUCCUGCCCGUUGUAAUCCAGGACAGCGGCUACCCCGUCCAAAGCAGCACAGGCAUCCUGACCAUCCGUGUGUGUGGCUGCGAGUCAGACGGAUCACUCCUCACCUGCAGCGCAGAGGCCAUCUUCCUCCCGGUGGGGCUGAGUACAGGGGCUCUGAUAGCCAUCCUCCUGUGCAUUGUCAUUUUACUGGUGAUCGUGGUCCUCUACGUUGGUCUGAGACGACAGAAGGAGAAGGAGACCCUGAUGACGUCCAAGGAGGACAUCCGUGACAAUGUGAUCCACUACGACGACGAGGGCGGGGGCGAAGAGGACACCCACGCUUUCGACAUGGGAACCCUCUGCAACCCCAAAGUCAUCAAGGAGAAACUCCUGAAAGAGAACCGGGACCUUUUCCGACGGGAUGUCAAACCCGAGCCCAAAACCGGCAAAAACCGACCACCUGUUUCCCAUGACAGUGCAGAUAUCUGUGACUUCAUCAAUCAGCGACUGAAAGAAAAUGAUGUGGACAACUCAGCCCCACCCUAUGACUCUUUAGCUACCUAUGCCUAUGAAGGGGAGGGCUCUGUAGCUGAGUCACUCAGCUCCAUCGAUUCUCUGGUUGUAGAUACCGAUGAGGACUAUGAUUACCUUAACGAUUGGGGUCCUCGAUUUAAGACUCUGGCAGGAAUAUUUGGAGAGCAGUCGGACACUCAGUCAGACACAACGUCAACAACAGAAAACAGACAUUGAUUAUGUUAUUCAUAGAAUCCAAAAGUGGACAUAAAAUUGCAUUAUUUUAGUUUUCUUAGCAAAACUUUGUUUUUGUAUUUUUUAGGGUUUUCUAUUUUAGCAAAUUAAUUUGUUUGUUUGUCAGUUUUUUUGGUGUUUUUUUCUUAUCCUCAAUCACAAGGUGUAUAAAAGGAGGAUAGAUAGCUAGAUGAAAAAGACAGCCUUCCAAUUACUUUUAUAUUGAAUGUUGUUUUAUGUCUUAUUUAUUCUACAUCGUUUUCUCACUGCUAGGGGGAAUAAAGACAGAAACACAGAAAAUGCAAGCAUUUUCUUCUUUGAUAUCCUUAAAAGUGCCUCAAUAUAUUUGUUUCUUAUUUUUUAUUCUCUCUCUCGCUCUCUCGCUCUCGCUCUCUCUCUCUCUCUCUCUCUCGCUUCUCUCUCUCUCUCAAGCUGGUCAUGCAAGCAUAGGCUGACUGGCAGACAGAGGCAUGUGGGUUUGAGACUACUCUCAGUUGGACAAGUUAUGGGACAAUUAUGUGGCCCAAGUUUGGCCAAAUAUAUUUUGAAUGUUAUUUAUUAUUAUUAAUUAUAUUAUUAUUGUUAUUUAUUUAUUGGCUGGGUGUUUUCUUGGGGGGGGGGGGGUUCCUUCAUUAACGUAUUUAUCUAUUUAUCUCUUAAUCAUACCAUCUUCUUUUUUUUUAAGACGAUAAAUGGAAGUUUCAGUCAGGUGGGUCAGGUGUAUAGACUUGUACUUGUUGUAAAAAUGUAUUUAGGGCUAACCGAGAUCAUGCAGUUCAGUCAAUGUAAUAAACACUGUUUUCUUAA